AUGGCUUACGCAAUGCCCGGACAGUCAUCGUCGGCGCCAUCGCUGCCGAAGAAUGUCUUCACCACCUCUUCGGCUGCGAAGACUGCGGUCAGGUCUUCGGCCCGAAAGCGAUUGGAAUACUUUGACAACGAUAUGAAUGUCCAGCGAUUUGUGGGCAUAUUUUCAGCUCAUUAUUGUUGGCCACAAGACAGCGAAGACAACGGCAAGUGUUGGUCGGCGGCGAUGACCGACUCGUACGAGUGGUUCCGCGACCGUCUCUGGCCUCAAGUGGUGGACAAAGUGCCGCUCAUUACCGCCGAUGACAGCGCUCGCCAUCAGAUCACUGAACUGUUGUUCGCUUUUGUGUUGAAAGAGACGGAUCUGUUGACAGACGCCGAAGCGCUGUACUACGAGUCGGUGUUGGAUCUGUUCAACGACGAGAUCUCGUUCGGUGUCAUGUUUUGGCUGAAGAUGUGCUCGCAUUUCAAUUGGCGCCGCCAUUACGUCAAACUCGUGGCCCGACAUCAACGCUGUCGACAACUGUUGGACGUGUUGUGCCGGGAGUUGACGGCCCACGAGUCGGCCCACUGUUUGACCGCCGAUGAGCUCCAGUACUUCUAUUCGGUUGUGGACAGCGUUUGCGUUCAAAUCAUUGCUAGUAAUGUAGUGAACGGAAAGUCAAGCGAAAAUCGCUAUUUCAUUGAUCUCCAGAAGACUGUCGAGCAAAAUGUGGUCAAUCGGAAGGAUUACAAGCCAUUGAUGAGACAAUUGCCGACAUUUAUUGUCUUAACCGAAGAGUUGAUUGGCUUUGCGUUUACACUAAUCCCGAGUGACGGCCAGACAUGCGGUGAACUGUCUCUCAAAAUGUUGACAGAAAUGGAUGAUCUGUUCGGCCAUAGGUUUAAGGCCACAGACGUCAGCGAUGAUUAUAAGUACCACUCAUUGCCCGAAGACCUCAUCGACGCGAGGAGUGUCCAGAAAUCACUUGAUUUGGUGAACAAACAGUUGAACGAAUCAAAUGUUGAGUUAAAAUCGCUGAAGAAGUUCUUCAGAUUGAUUGACAAAACGCUUGAAACUCUUCCCUCCAAUCGGUUCCCCUAUUUCUCGGAUAUCUUAAGAGACGAUUUGCACAAAAACCACCGAAAACUUAUGGAUCUGUUGCUGAGUUUUGGCGAUUAUAAUGAGUUUAAAGAACUCAUUGAAUCGGUUGCAGCCGAGGAUGUGGUCAGAUAUGAGUGCACAGUAUCGGUGGCCAAACGCUUGAUUAGCUGCUCAAAGAACCCGAUGGCGAGUGAUUUCUAUCGGUCUCUGCUCUAUAAGACACUGGAAGUGUGUCCUCAUAUCGAUCUGAAGCGUCGGAUCGACGCGUUUGGUCUCAAACCGAUCGGCGAAUGCAAUUCGGCCGCCAUUAAGACACUGUUCAACCGAUUGAUUGAAACGGACACCGAUGUGAUCAACCAAUUGGUCCGCGAGAUAAUGAUUGGCGCGUAUUUCGAUGGCCUCCAGACGUUGGAUCAGCUGUUGAAUUACCGUGAGCUCGUGUCAUUCCAAGUGUUCUUGGCCAUUAGGAAUAAGACAUCGCUUCAGACCAUCGAUGAUAUGACAAAACUAAUCGCGUUAAUCAUCGACGUGUCCGUCAACGAGAAAAUGUCGCCCAUUGUGUCGUUGGAUCAGCUCUUUUUGUACGUUAUAAGCGAUAAGAAUGUGACCACCGAUGACGGCGUUUACGCAAAGUUUUUGUUCAUCAAGAGUUUGGCUGAGUUAAGACCGGACGACAAGUGGCCGGCCAUGCAAUCAGAUCCCGUGCCAGUGAUUGUGUAUUUAAUGCAAUACAUGGACUCGUAUUGGCGUCAACCGCACCGCAAACAACUAGUCAUCGAACUCUUGGAUCUAUUUCUCGCGAAGAAGUUCGCGAACCCAUUGACGGACGAAGAGUUCGGUUAUUUGGAGGCAAUGAUGAGCCAAACGUUCAACCGAUACGACCACCAGAAGGCGUCCACUUAUAAGAUAUAUAUGGUUUACUGCGAGCGUCUGUUCCCGAAGCCGAUCGCGGAUGUGAUAAACAUAUCGGAAAACAUAUUCCACGACCAGAUCCUGCAC